GAGCGAAUAACUUCAGUUAUAGAGCAUAUGAUUCGUAAACCUGCGAUAGAGGAGAUUAGCCUUGUCCAAAAUGGCCAUCUUUGUGGUUACCACGUCAUCUGGAAAGCCUGACAAGGGUACCAUGAGAAAGAUACGCAGUCAUGCGAUGCGUGGCAGGAAUACACGCGCAGAUAGACUAGCUCGGGCUCGAGCGCGAAUGAACCCCGAUACAAGCCUACUCCAUACAAUGGAUACUGACAGUAGUGCAUCAGUACAAAGGACCAUUUCCACGGCAGAAACACGUAAGAACCAGAAGCACGGCAAGGAUAAUCUGUCAACAAUGAGUAUUCCGCGAAAGCUAGCGCCAGAGCUUUUAUUACAGCGAUCAGAAAUCGAAAUGAAACCGUAUAUGCUGGAGUUGAUAUAUCAAGGGCUUUCACGACGGCAAAACCUUGUCGAUAUGCUAUAGACAUGAAGGUCGCUCAUGAAUCCGAGUCUCACAUCUUCAGCCUCAGCGACAUGCACACGCACGAGCAGCAUCUAGCUUUGGAGACAUCGAAACUGCGAGGAAG